GGGGUAACCGACGUGAUCUAGCAUCUAGCAAGCCGACUGUGUCUACACAUAGGGCAAACAAAAUGUUUCAUCGUUGAUUUGUUAGAUAUUUUGUGUCGUCAGUUUUUAAUUUGUUUUUAAAUCGGAUCGUGAUAUGCAACGAAAAGUGAUCUGCAAGUAUUUGUUCGAAAUAUUUGAUGAUGGCAAGCAAACAUGUAAUUCAGUUUUAUGCAUUAAACCAACUGAAACGAGGAGAAAUAGCGUACAAUGAUGGCCACGUUCUGCAAAUGGAUUUUGAUUCAAGUGUGAAACCAUUGUUGUUAAAAGGUGUCGUACAAGCUAGCCAGAGAAAAGAUGUGAAGUAUAAAGUGGAGUUUCCUACAACAGAGAAUGUAUGGAAAAUAAUUGCAGAUGAUUUUGAAACGAAAUGUGACUUCCCGAACUUUUAGGGAGCAGUUGACGGCAAACAUGUUUAUAUCCUCCUGCUGGAAGUGGUUCAUACUUCUAUAACUACAAAAGAGCACACCGUUUGGUACUCAUGGCUAUAGUCAAGGCAAAUUAUGAGUUCAUCAUGGUUGAUUUUCGGGUAAAUGGGCGAAUAUCUGACGGAAGAUUGACCACACUAUUCUUUCUAAAAUUCGACUACAACUGAAAGUAAGUGACGUGAAGAUUUUAGUUAUGGAUAGAACAAGCACGGUACCAAGAAAAAUGUAAUCCUCAAGGAGCUUCUGCAGAAACGGGGAUGGAGGGAAGUCGGCGUCAUCCAACAGCGGCAGAUUGGAUGGCAGUCAGGCUACCACGCUACGGGGUCUAUGGGUUGGUACACCACGGCAGACAAACCCACCGAUAAUAAGCAAAAACAACGCAAUCCAGGACAUCACCUUCCCCGAUGAUGACAUUCUAGCUCAAGCUCUAGCGGAUAUCUGGGGUGUUCCGACCAUGACACUGUCGCCGAUAAGCGAUACGGAGGACGACGUAUUCCAGCCGAAGCCACCAUCGGUUAAGGUAGUGAAACGUGAGAGUCGUCCUCGUGCACCACCAAAGCCAAAGUCGAAGGAGAAGACGCCGCAGUUAUAGCAGAUGCUGCAAAACUCCACGGCGACAGUUCGGCCGCAACCGCCAAAGAGCACCGAUACCCCAACAAGAGGUACCCUACAUACCCCCAUGCCGGACGAAGUCCUCCAAGCAGCACCCGAGGAAAUCCACCAAGCUUCAGAGGAAGUGUCUGAAGAUGAGAUGAAGAUUCCCUGUUCUCAAGCCGGUGAGGCUGCCUUCCUUCAAUACCGGGAGAAGCUGAGUCGGAGGGAGAAAGAAACGGACAGGGAAGUUCGUCAGAUGAAAAACGAACUCGCUGCAAAAGAGAGCAGUUGCGAGUGUUAGAGGAGGACAUUAGAAAAUUAGAAAUAGAUAUAGAAAAUAAAGUGCGAAAGAAAAGUGAAAGUCAAAAGACAUUAAAACGGUUGACUGGGCGCAUGAAAGUAAAACGGUUAAAUGAGUAAUAGAUUUAAGAUAAGUGUUGUAAAUAGGUAAGUUAAAAUAUGUACAUAAAUAGCUGUAAGAUAUAA